AUGGAAGACUCGGUUUUAAAUGUAGUUAGUGUGUAUGCGCCGCAAACUGGAUGCGAUGACAGUAUGAAAGAAAGGUUUUGGGAGGAUUUUGAUGCGGUUAUAAUGAGAAUACCAGAAUGUGAGGAAAUAUACAUUGGAGGAGAUUUUAAUGGACAUGUAGGAAGGAUGAAUGACGGGUAUGAAAGAGUGCAUGGGGGCCGAGGUCACGGAGUCAGGAACCGAGACGGUGAAGUUCUACUGGAAGCAGCCUUGGCCUUUGACUUAGCAAUAGCCAACACAUUCUACCAAAAACGGGAACAACACCUUGUCACAUACCGUAGUGGUCUACACUCUACCCAAAUUGACUACAUUCUUUUAAGAAGAAACAGGCUAAAAUCGGCCAAGGACUGCAAGGUAAUACCGAGUGAGAGUCUUGUCUCCCAGCAUAGGCUACUGCUCCUGGAUUUAACUCUGAGAGUUCAGAGUUUAAAUAAGAGCCCGAAGCCCCCAGUUAGAACGAAAUGGUACAGACUGGAUGAUAGGGAGAUGGCUGCAGAAUUCCGGGAAAGAGUGAUUGGUAAACUGAUAGAGAUGGGAGAUAUGGUGGGGAUGGGAGUAAACGAGUGCUGGAGUGAGAUGGCAACGUGGGUGCGAAGUGUAGCAAGGGAUGUCCUAGGGGAAACGAAAGGGAAAAGAAAGAUAGAGAGGGAUACAUGGUGGUGGAAUGAGGAAUCACAAGACAAAUUGCUUAACAUGGGGGAGUCCCCAAGUGUUUCUAGCUACGUCCUCGUCGUCUCCCCUGGACCCUGUCCUGACCCCGGUAACGCAGGUGGCAGGCAGGGCCAACCCAAAGGCCCUUCUCAGGGCCAACCCAAAGGCCCUUCUCAGGGCCAAACAGAAGACGGUAUCGAAGUUCUGGAAGAUAUUUCCAUCACCUCGUUGUCUGAGUCGGAGCUGGGGCGAAAGCGCCUUUACUCAGGGGGUUCUGAAAACUCUGGCACGGAGACAGGGACGGGAGCGACCGCGGGGAGUAGAACCCGUCCAGUGGCCAAAAGGGGCAAGGCAACCACACUCAGGGGCGCCAGAGCAGCUCUGAGAGAGCGCGUGGAGAGAGACCGGGAGGAAGAGUUUGAGGCGGCACUCGACAAGAGAGUAUUUAGGAAGGAGCAGGGUGUGGGGGGUCAUAUGGAGGAGACCCCCAUCGAGAUAGACAAUAUCGAGGAACGGGGGGCCGAGGAGCUCAGGGUGGCCUCUGAGGCCAACCUUAACUUAAUCCUCGGCUUGACUGGGAAGUCAGUCAACCUCAAGGGCGGUUACGCUGCCAAAAUCAGAAGGGCCGCCGGUUCCAUUAGGGAGAUGCUGGAGUCCCUAGUGGUCCGCACCGAGACGGACGAAGUCCGAAGGCUGAGGGCGGACAAUUGUCGCCUCGCGCGGGAGCUGGAGUUGUGCCGUGAGGAGAUACGCGCUUACAAACGGGAGUUCGAGGAUAGCCGCAAAAAGGUGGCUGAAUCCACGAGCAGAAAGGAGUCUGCCGACCUAAUGCAGGAUAUAGCGAUUAUGGUCGGCAACAUUGUGGACGACCGCAUGGCGGCUCUUCAGCUCCCUGCUGCCCCUACUUGCGGCACCCCAAUGGCUAGGGACAGCAGACCUCCUGCAGAUCGGAGAGGGGAGGCAUUUUUAAAUCGCCCGUCGUUUCUGGAAAACGGCAGUACAUUUUCCGCGGAGCUGAUUCCGGCCUACCAGGCGCUCAUCGCGACGAGGAGGUCAACGAAAUGCAGCGGCGGUUCUCCACACCGGGAGCGCAGGAGACGCGAGGAGGAUGUGUCCUCAGGCUUCAGCGCGGCCUUGCAUCGAACACCUCCGCCUCCACCACCAGCGCUAUUGCGACGACUCGGGGUCAAGGAACCGACAGGGGUUGGAAAGGUGAAAGUAAUGCUACGUGUAGGAGCAUCCGGCGAAGGUCCCUUCACUAGCGGCACACAGACUUUCUCCCUCGACAAGCGCAAGAAACAAGUGACCCUCUGCGAAACCGCGUCAUCAACUUCUGCACCAGAAGACAGAAAAGUCGGUGUAGCCGCUCCUAAGAUGUUCGCUUUCGACGCUAUCUUCUCCCAAGAUGAUUCACAGACGGAGAUUUGCUCAAGCGCGCUCACAGACGUCAUCCACGCCGUUAUCAACGGAACCGACGGUUGCCUCUUUUGCUUUGGACACGCAGGACUAGGCAAGUCGUACACAAUGUUGGGGCGACCGGAAUCUUCCGCUUCACUGGGUGCUAUACCAUGCGCUAUAUCCUGGCUGUUUCGCGGCAUCUCGGAGCAGAGACACAAAUGCGGUACCCGCUUCUCCGUGAGGGUGUCUGCUGUUGAACUAUGCACUAAUACGAAUCAGAUACGAGAUCUCUUGGCGCCAUACCAAAAUGAUACCGAACAGUCACCAGGAGUAUACCUUCGCGAUGAUCCUCUUUUUGGCACACAUCUACAAAAUCAGUCAGAGCUUCGUGUACAUAGCGCUGAGAAAGCAGCAUUUUAUUUAGAUGCAGCGUUAGCAACACGCGGAACGAGAGAAGAGGGAAAAGACAGUCAUCUACUGUAUACAUUACAUAUUUACCAGUACAGCGUCGGCGGAAAAGGUGCAGUUGCCGGAGGCCGAAGCCGUUUGCACUUGAUAGAUUUAGGGAAUUCCGAACGAGGAAAAACCAACGGAGGUAUACCAUUAUCGGGGCUUGGGAAUAUACUUCUUGCAAUAUUUAAUGGCCAAAGACAUUUGCCAUAUCGAGACCAUAAUCUGACACAUGUUUUAAAAGAAUGCUUAGGCUCCUUGACAUGUCACACCGCUAUGAUUGUCCAUGUCUCUCCCAAUGUUCAAAACUAUUCCGACACUUUAACAACAUUACAGUUGGCGUCUAGAAUACAUAGAUUACGAAGAAGAAAAGUAAAAUAUAGUUCAAACAAUAACACUGGGUCUGGGGGUAGUUCUGGUGAAGACGCCUCGAAACCAAGUAGUAGUGAACCUGACCCCUCAAGUAGUGACCUAUCAGCCGAUACAGUAAUUUAUAUUGGCCCUUUAGAUGAUGCAACUGAUGGCGAGCACCCGCCAGUUUAUAUACCAAAUAUCAACUCUGGUGACAAUAGGUGUGUUUUAAGUAAAGCUUUAAAAGGUUCAGCAGCUGAACAAAAACACAAAUCAUCUCUGUCUAAGGUUGUAGAAGAAAAAAGUCCUGUCCACAAACUUCAUUCAUCACCAAAAGCGUCACCAUUGAAAAACGUAACGCAACCUAAUUUCACACCAAAAUCCUCACCCAUACAUACAUCUUCAUUAAAAGGCACACCUAUGAAAAAACAAGGUUCCAAACAUGGUGAAGAAGGAAAAAAUACAAGCGACGAACAGUGGAUCGAUGGCCCUAGAAUAUCAAAGUCAAAACUAGUCGAAGCAAGGCAUAUAAUCAAAGAAACACAAGGUAAAAAGAGAGAGACUUGGAUAGAUGGUCCUAUGCAAGAAACUAAAAUUCCACUACAAUUUGAAUCAGUACCAAUUCAACCAAAUGCGCUCCCAUUGCAGAUGGGUGUACUUAACUCGCUUGGAAACGAAAGUAUAGGAUAUGGAUAUAUGGACAACCACAAGAAAAAUAUGAUAAAAAAAUGGGUCGAAAAUCAAACUUCUCAAAUUCAUAAGUCCAGGCAUAGCUCUCCCAGUCAUAAAGUUCAGCAACCUCAUAAAGAAGGCCAAAAGUUACCCGAAGAAGUAGAAACGAUACAUAGAAUGGAAAUUAAAGAUGCAUCAAGAAGAAUUCACGUAGAAGAAUCUACUAUUAGAACAGGAUUAAAGGCUGGUUCAAAGGGUAUGGUAAUCGAAGAGGAAAAUGUUGGCCCACCUGAUCUCAAUUCUGUUCGAAAGUCGUCCAGUACACGAUCAUCUGCAAAAAAUGAACCCGAUGAAGAUGACGAUAGUGAAGAAUUAGCAGAAAUACCACCAGCACUACCCUUAAUGAACCCCAGUAGCCUAAGUAGUCGAGAAGUGUCAAUGGAAAGCUUGGAUAGUAAAUACAAAGAAAGAAUGAGAAUGGACGAUGAUCUAGUUUCUACUCAUAGCAGAGAUAUUGAUUUGCACGGAAUGAGUAAAGGCCCAGCAGAUGAUGAAGAAGAUAUUCUAGAAAUUAUAGAAGUUGAAGAGCCAUUAGAGCCAGUUCCGAUGCAAGAUUGUUGUCUACAAGUUACAGAGGAAGAUAUUGCUUAUUGCAUGGGUUACUCUGACCAUCAUUUUCUAGAUAUGGAACGAGAAGAUGGCGAAGACCAUCCCCUUAGGAUUUUAAGUCAAGAGAAUUUAACUGUUGCUUCAACUUUUACAGAUACACUUUCCAUGUACAGUGAAGUUGAAAGACAGAUAAGAAACGAAGCAUAUCUCAGACAAACUAUAGGAUUCUAUACGCACAAUUUUGGAGAUCAUCCGCCAGACUUAAACCCGCACGAAAGCUUACCUUCGUCACGCUCAAGGUUAGAGGAACUAAUGGGCUUAACAGAGUUAUAUGGUUCUCGUAGAAUGUUAGACAGUAGUAGUAAUAUACCAACUCCUAGAAUUAAUCCUCAAUUUCAAUCACUUUCAAUGUGUAACGUUAGAGAUACUGAAGAUUAUCACGGCGAUGGAUCUGUUUACAGUGAACCUGCAUAUCGACCAAGUGAUAAGAUUUGUGAUAGUUGCAAAAGAACUAUGUCGAGACCAGGCAGCGCAGUAGGUGAAUGUGAGGCAUAUCAUGAUUUAAAUAUAGCACAUAAUGAUGCAUACGGCCCUUUUGAGAGAUAUAGAUCUAAUGACAUUACGGAUGCCCGAAUAGCUUCUUUGAGGCACCCAGAUGGAGCAUCUGAUCCUAAUUUAAGAGAAGAAAACCGGAUUCCUGGUAGUGGAGCUCCAUCUAAUAAUUUUAAAGAACUUAAAUCAAAUUUACAUCUAGAAGUAGCACCACCGGUUGUUACUACUGAACCACGAUCAGAAAAAUGUGAAAAAGGUGAUAAAAAUGUAGCGAGAGUAGCAGCAAGUUGUAAACCAGAUGGAUAUGACAGUGGGCAUGAAUCUACGCCCAGAACUGGUAAACACAGCCCUGCAGCAACUUCGAGAAGAGCAGAAUCUGGAUAUGAUUCAGUUCCAAGAGAUUCUGAUGCGUCCUCCUUAGAUUCAUACCCGACUCGAAGAGCAGCGGUCGCAAGAGCGCACGCAAAAAAACAUACAACAGCUAAAUAUAAGCAACACAGUGACCGAUCAUUCUGUUCGUGGCUACGAAACCCUUUCACCUGCAAAUAUGCGGACACCGAUCCUGAAAUUAGUGACUUUUAA